AUGGGCAAAAGCCGGAAGCGGAUCAAACGAUACCAGCGACUAGACGACCAUGCAACUUCAGCCAAAGACCCAGCAGAAGAAAUCUCACCUCUAAUCGGUUUUAUGCCAUGUCGAAAUGGGAGCAGUAUUUUUUGCCCAGAGGUCAUGCAUGAUAUAUCCGAUCUGGUCGACUUACCCAUCGCAUACGUCCCGUUUCGUGUUCAACAUUUUGUUCUUCUAGCCCUCCAGCGGUAUUUGGAAGCCGAAGCCUUUCGCUUCGUGGAGCAGUGGCUACCAAAGGAGGCUGAGUCGAAUGGAUGGUCCUGUGCAGAGGCGCUGGAAUUGCACAAGCUAUUUCCAUUUUUGAAGAAAAAUUGCAGAAAGCUUCCGCUGUCUGCAUUUCCACAGAAACAAAAGCCUCCGCCGAACUAG